AUGAAUCCAAAUUCAUCAGGUACAACCAGCCCGUGCUACUGCACGCCCCGGAAAUCCUCGACCUGUCUCUACGGACUCGUGCUCGCUGCGACCGCCUCACCCGUCGACGUGGCCGCUGACGUCCGCAGGAUCGAGGACGGCUGCGGCGUCGCCUGCAUCGGUAACAAGAUCCCAGCUGCAAGGUCGGUCUUUCAACUCGUGCCCGCAACUCGUCAAUCCCAGCCAAACAGCCGCAUCAGCUACGGAAGCGUGUUCUUCGUACAGCUUGUCCACGCCAGCGACGCGCUCUACCUGAGAUCGGAGCCACCUCUCGUUGACGGUAGGUUCGCGCCGAGGUAUCACAAUCCGGUGCGCUUGAAUCGCCUGCGGGACUGCUACGCCAAGUGGCGAGCCGUUCAUUGGGACCGGCACCAGAGGUUCGAGACCGAGGGCGAGCCGGUGUCCCCUUGCGAAAGGAUCGUCAUUCAGCACGUGAUGACGAACCAAUGUUUGGCCGUCGAGCAUCGCGAUUGGCACUGCAGCUUGCUGGGAUUCGAGAGCGGCGUUUCGGUGCACACGUACAGCGAUUUGUACCACAACGAGACCUCCGAGUGCAUCUGGAACAUCUUGGCUGAGCCUAUGGAUGAUGACCAUCAUUCGGCCCACUGCCGAAUUAAGUCCUCCUCCUCCUCCUCGUCGUCGUCGUGAUUGC